UUUCUGGUAAUGUCGUCUACAAAGAUGUCCUCCGGAGGUUCAAGAGAAGCGACUUAUAAUGGCUUCCAAAAGGGUCUUUCGAUAAUUUUGGAUGCGAAGGAAGAGGAUGGGUUGAAAAGAACUCGUCUGGAGCAAUUGUUAUCGGAAGAUUUUCCAGACGUUAUGCAAACGUUAGAAGAACGAAUCAAGAGACUACAGCAAAGAGAUUAUUACAUCCUUGUCGCUGGAGAAACAAGUUCGGGGAAAAGCUGUCUGAUAAACUUGUUGCUUGGCGUGGAGCUGCUUCCUUACUCCUGUCUCAGUACAACAUCUACCAUAUGCGAAAUAAAAUACGGAAUCGACCCCAAACUUGUGGCACACCGCAAAGCUACCAGCGACAAUUCAGAAUCCUAUCCACCUUUGCCGCCGAAAACGGUGCGUUUGAAGGAGCCUCGCGUUUGUGAGAAGAGCUACAAAGCACAAAUUGCUCCUUACGUACACAAGAAGAAAGACAGGGGGGAAGGAUCCUCGUAUGAAAAAGUGGAAAUUUUCUGGCCCAAUGAAUUGUUACAGGUCGGCGUUGUCAUAAUCGACAGCCCAGGUGUUGGCGAAUCCGAAAUAAUGGAUCAAACUUUGAUGAGUUACCUGCCAAAUGCUUUUGCAUUCAUGUAUGUCAUAAAUAGUACAAAUGCUGGUGGAAUACAAAAAGACAGGUUGGUAAGAAUAUUGGAUAAAGUUCGAAGUCUUGAAUCUGCUGAUGAAAUGAAUUCAAAUCAUUUGGCCGAGUGCGCUCUUUUCGUUGCCAACAAGUGGGAUCAGGUGGACGAAGAUGAACAGCAUGAGGUGAAGCAACGUAUUGUGCAGGAACUGAAGCAGUAUUGGCCAGACGGUAAUCCUCUUGAACAAACAGUUUACGUCUCCACUAAGGAGGCACUAGACAAACGAAGGCAAGGUAAAAAGAGCGAAGAAUACGAUGCUUUGAUUGAAGGGAUCAAGUCGAUGGUUUUGAAAGCAAUCAACAGCAGACUAAUCAACCAUUGGGCGUGGAUGAAUCUGGUUUUGAAUCGAAUAAUAUUCAGGAUUGAGGGAUUUAAUCAAUCGAUGUUAGAAAAUCGCGAUGCACUUAUCCAGCGAAUGAGUGGAAUUCACGGACAGAUUACGACGCUGCAAAACGCACGUCAGGAAGAUAUUGCUGAGCUGGAGAAGAAGUUUGCAGCUGAAACAGAAAUCGCCGAAGAAUUUCGUCUUCAAAUGAUAAACGGAAAGCGAAUAAGAGAUGAAAUCAAUGAGCUUCAACAAAAAAGUAAAGCCCAAGACAGCGAGAUUCAGCAACUUCAAAACGAAAAUGACGGCAUAAACACCGAAAUGCAACAUAUUACACAAGACAACUUGAACAAAACCAGCAUGAUACUUCACCUGUUUCAAGAAAACAACCACCGAAAAAAAGAAAUUGAGCAACUUCGAAGACAAAACAAUAAGAAUGAAGACAUGAGUGGGAAACUUUGUCAAGAAAACAACAACGAAACCAACGACGUUGAGCAACUUCUCCAAGAAAAUAGCGACAAGAAUAAGGAAAUCAAACGACUUCUUCAAGUAAAUAGUGACAUGAAUAAUGAAAUCGCGUUACUUCGUCAAGAGAACAACACAAAGAAUAAAAUUGAACAAGUUCGUCUAGAAAAUAACGACAAGAGUGAAAAAAUUGAAAACAUUGAUCAAAUUAACAAAACGAUGGGUAAAAUAAUUGAUCAACUACGGGAAGAAACCAUAAGCAAAGGUAUCGAAAUUGGCCAACUUGAGGUGGAAAACAGCACCAAAAAUAACGAAAUUAUAAAACUCCGUCAGCAAAACAACCACAAUAAUGAGACAAUUGCUCAUCUACGUGAACAAAUUAAAGAAAUGGUUGACCUAACUACGGGACUUCGCCAACAAAACCUCAACCAAAAUAACAAAAUCCAGCAACUUGAUCGUGAAAACAAAGACAAAAACAUAGAAAUAGAGAAACUUCGUCAAUCUAUCAACGCAUUGAAUGACGCAAUUGUAAAUCUUAAUCAUGAAAACAAUAAAAAGAACGAGGAAAUCAAACGACUUCGUGAAACAAACGGCAUCAAAAACGAUAACGAGUCAACGGAACUUCGUCAGGAAAACAACGAUGAGAAUAAAGGAGUUGAGGAACUUCGUCAAGAAAACAGAAAUAUGAAUGACAAAAUUGAUGAAAUUUCCAUUCCGCUACUUCAGGAAAAAAGAAAUGAGACGAGCCAUGAAAUUCAGCAACUUCGGGACAGUAUCGACCAGAUGAACAAUGAAAUUCAGCAACAUAAGAAAGAAAAGAAUGAGAUGAGUAAUGAGAUACAGCGUCUUCAGGGAGAAAGAAAUGGGCAACUUCGAAGACAUAUCGACAAUAUGACAUUAGAUGCUGCGUCUAAGGUUGAAGAAAGUGCCGUAGUGGUUUCAACUAAUGUGCUCGGACGAGGGGCUUAUGGCACUGUAUACAAGGGAGACUUUCAUGGAUCUAAAGUAGCGGUUAAAGAAUACUACGAAGUUCUUAUAUCUAAUUAUAACUUGCAACUUCUCCAACGUGAAGUAUAUAUCGCAUCGCAGUGUCGUCAUCCGAAUUUACUUCAGUUCAUAUGCGCAACAAGAAAUGAACAAAAUCAUUUGUUAAUCGUGACAGAACUGAUGGAUAUGACUUUGCGUUGUUUUCUCGAGGAACGAGCGAACGUGAAUUUGCGAUUGAGUUAUCAGCAAAUUAAAUCGAUUUCUUUGGACGUUGCGUGUGGUCUUAACUACCUUCAUUCAAAACAAAACACAAUAGUCCAUCGCGAUGUUAGCAGUUCCAACGUAUUGUUAUUGAUGGACACUUCUAAUCAAGUUAUAAGAGCGAAGAUAUCAGAUUAUGGCUCAGCUAAUUACAUGGAUAUAUGCAACACACCAAAUAUAGGAACAGUUCUUUACGCUGCACCUGAAGCCGGGCAAGCUAGACAGGACCCUAAGAUCGAUGUCUUCAGUUAUGGAAUUCUGGUCUGUGAGAUAGCAAUCUGUGAACUGCCUGAUCCCAGCUAUAGAGAAAUGCAAAGAGAAAGAAUUUCAAGCAAAAGUAUUAAAAAGCUGGUAAAAUCCUGUACGGAACCAAAGCCACAAGACAGACCUACAAUGCAGAGUAUAAUUGGGAAAUGGCAAAGCAAUUCUUGGGAAAUGGCGAAGGAAUUUUUCCCAAUGCUCUAAGAAGAAAUGAUGUGUCUAGAUCGACAAAGUAAUUGCGAUGCAAUUAUUUUAGCUCAUUAAAAGCGUGUUGCAUUCGAUCUCGCCUUUCGAAAAGCGAACACUUUCAGUCCGCAAAAUCCAAUAUUCACGUAUUUUGUUCUAUUUUUUAUUUUCCAUUUUCUAUAUCUGAACAUCGAUAAUGUUAAAAAAAAGAAACGUAAUUCAUAAGUUUUAAAACAUUUCCAGUUUCAAGAUGUAAUAAAAUCUUCCAGCGUGAACUGCCGAUAGCAGAACGUGCACAGAUUAUAAAUUUUAUUGUAAAACUUUUAAGUUUAAAAUUGCAAAUAUAUAGAUCGCAAGUGCUACUAAUCCUUUCUUGCAGGAACAACAUGAUGUUG